AUGGUUUCGACUGAUUUCAACCUCCCUCCCCACCUCCUAUGGACAGGUGCAGUCCUGCCUGAGCAGCGGGAGAGGGCGCGUGAGCCACGAUCACAACGCGCUUGCGCGAAUUUGUUUGUAAAGGCUAGACGCCACGCUUUCCCUCAGUCCCGCCCCCGACCUAGGCCGGAGGAAACUAUUAGGUCGCGAGAGAGGAGGCGGGAUCAAAAUGGCCCGAGGUCCUAUCCCAGCCCUGGUGAGGUUAAGGGGCGGGGCGCGCGUGAGGACCCCUGUUCAAGGGGCUGGCCGCGCUUCCGCCUGAAGGCGCAGCCGCCUCAGAGACCUCAGAGCCGAAGGAUAGAGCUGAGGGGGAGUGGCAGACGGGAGCUGUCUCCGGCGGCAGUCCCUGGCGACUUGGGAGGCGGUGCUGGCUCACGUGGGGCCGUAGGCGUGGACAGCUUUUCAGGCGAUGGACUUGCCGGUCCCUGAGAGAAGCUGGGUGGCAGUCGCGGAGCGAGACAGUUAACGGCCAAAAUGGCGGCGGCAGCGGCACGAGCCUGGGCCCUGCGAGGGGGGCUGGCCUUGGCCUGGCGCGGGCCUCGCGGAUUGGCGGGAUCUGCCGCCCGGUGGCAGCAGGAAGAUUUCUCAUCCCUGGAUGAAAAACCCCAGUUCCCUGGUGCCUCUGCCGAGUUCGUGGAUAAGCUAGACUUCAUUAAACCCAAUGUCAUUUCUGGCAUCCCCGUCUACCGGGUGAUGGAUCGCCAGGGACAGAUCAUCAAUGCCAGCGAGGACCCCCAGCUGCCUCAGGAGGUGGUCCUGAAGCUGUACAAAAGCAUGACCCUUCUGAACACCAUGGACCGAAUCCUCUAUGAGUCCCAGAGGCAGGGCCGGAUCUCCUUCUACAUGACCAACUAUGGGGAGGAGGGCACCCACGUGGGCAGUGCAGCCGCCCUGGAUGACACAGACCUGGUGUUUGGGCAGUACCGGGAGGCAGGAGUGCUGAUGUACCGAGGCUACCCGCUGAAUCUGUUCAUGUCCCAGUGCUACGGCAACUCAGGCGACCCCGGCAAGGGGCGCCAGAUGCCCGUCCACUACGGCUGCAAGGAAAGGAACUUUGUCACCAUCUCCUCCCCCCUGGCCACACAGAUCCCUCAGGCGGUCGGAGCAGCCUAUGCAGCAAAGAGGGCCAAUUCCAACCGGGCCGUGAUCUGCUACUUUGGGGAGGGGGCAGCCAGUGAGGGCGAUGCCCAUGCCGGCUUCAACUUUGCUGCCACCUUGGAAUGCCCCAUCAUCUUCUUCUGCCGCAACAAUGGCUACGCCAUCUCCACGCCCACCUCGGAGCAGUAUCGGGGUGAUGGCAUCGCGGCCCGAGGCCCUGGCUACGGCAUCAUGUCCAUCCGAGUGGACGGCAAUGACGUGUUUGCAGUGUACAAUGCCACCAGAGAGGCGCGGCGGCGGGCAGUGGCCGAGAACCAGCCCUUCCUCAUCGAGGCCAUGACCUACAGGAUCGGGCACCACAGCACCAGUGACGACAGCUCGGCCUAUCGCUCUGUGGACGAGGUGAAUUACUGGGACAAACAAGACCACCCCAUCUCUCGGCUGCGUCACUACAUGCUGAGCCGAGGGUGGUGGGACGAGGAACAGGAGAAGGGCUGGCGGAAGCAGUCCAGGAAGAAGGUGAUGGAGGCCUUCGAAGAGGCAGAACGAAAGCUGAAGCCCCCCGUUGGCUUCAUCUUCUCAGACGUGUACCAAGAGAUGCCGGCCCAGCUCCAGAAACAGCAGGAGGCCCUGAGCCGCCACCUGCAGGCCUAUGGCGAGCACUACCCACUGGACCAUUUUGAGCAGUGAGGGAGUGAGCAGGGAGAGGGCCAGGGGCCAGACCCAGCCCUGGGCCGAGGGGUGAGGUGCCAGGGCGUCUGCCCCAGCUGGGCCCCCCUCCCUCCCUCCUGCCAUAAGUAAAGUCCAUCCCAUAGACUUUGAUAGGGGAGGAGGUGCAGGGGGGUCGGAGCUGAGGCCAGCCCAUGUCUGUCUAAAGCUUCCAGACAGACACAAGUCCCCCAACUUGGAAACCCUUCCCUCUUCCCUGGUGGUCAGUGCACCUGGCAAGGUCGGGGCAGGAGGGGGACAGGACAGUGGUCUCCAGCACCUCCUGUCUGUGACAGUGCCUUCUCUCCAGGCCUUUUGGGAAAGCUCAGGCUGCUGGUCCCUCAAGCCCCAGCCGAGAGGCAGACAGGGCUCCUUAGGGAGGGCCAGAAAACAGAUGGAUUUGGAGUAAAGUGUGUCAGGGCUGGGAGGGGUCAGAAAUGGUGCACUUGGGUAGCUGGGGAGUCAAAUAAAGAUUUCUUUGCAUUUG